AUGUCUCAAAUCCAGAGGAAUUGGGUGGAGCGCCAGCAAAUCCUUGAAUCGCUGGGCAGCUCCUUCACUCUUGCAGCUUCUAGGCAAAUUGAAGACCAUAUUGAGCACCACUGCCACCCAGCGACCAAGAACACCUUUGUCUCCAACAAGCUCCUCGAAUUGUAUGGCCGAUUGGGUGGCAUAGAGGAUGCCGCUAGAAUCUUUCACUCGAUCGCUGCCAAGGACGCCUUCUCCUGGCGAUUGAUGCUCCUGGCGCUGUGCCAAAACGAAGAACUCGCGCAAGCGAAGCAGCUCUUUGAUGCCAUGCCACUGCCACAUCGGAGCCACGUGGCAUGGACGAUCUUGCUGACUGGAUAUGCCCGGGCCGGGCAUAUUGCGGAGGCCCUUGCGGUGUUUGAUUCCAUGCCCGCGCACGAUUUGGUGUCGUGGGCAUCGGUGUUGGUCGCGUUUGCCCAGCAGAGAAAUUGGAAAGGGAGCGUUUGCUUGUUUGAGGCAAUGCCGGAGUGGGACUUGAUCUCCACGACUAGUGUUCUUUGGGCGUAUGCUCAGUGCGGAGAUCUUGACCGAUGCAAGCGCGUCUUUGAUGGAAUGGUGGAGAGGAACCUGGUAGCGUGGACGAUCAUGCUAGAAAUCUAUGCCCAGCACGGGAGAGCGCGAGAAUCGAUGUGUCUUUUCGAGCGGAUGCCCGAGCACGACCUGGUGUCAUCAACUGCGAUGAUCUGCGCGAGUGCCCAGGAGGGGCAGCUCGAUCUCGCCCUGAAGGUGUUCCAAGCGAUGCCGGAGAGGGAUCUGGCGUCCUGGAAUGCGCUGCUGUGCGCCCACUCGAAUGCCGACGCUCUCGACAGUGCCAAGUUCUUGUUCGAUUCCAUGCCCGCCCACAACAACGUCUCGUCCACCGCGAUGCUCCAAGUGUAUGCCCGGAAAGGGCAUGUCCUGGAGGCCCUGAGAGUCUACCGCUUGAUCCUGGAAAGCGAUGGCGUAUCGAGCGCCUUGAUGAUCGUGGCAUUCUCCCAGAGCGGGCAUCUGCGAGAAGCCAGAGGGAUCUUCGAUGAAUCGCCAGUGAAGAGCGCCAUCACCUGGAUCGCGAUGCUCUCAUCGUACUCUCAGACCGGCGAUCUAGAUCGAGCCAAGAAAUUCUUCGACGAGCUGCCUGAGUCGUCUAAUCCGGUGGCCUGGAACGCGCUACUCGCUGCUUGCAGUGCUCACUCCGAUCGAAGCACUCGAUAUUUCCAUCUGCUGCCCACUGUCGAGGAGAAUCCAGACGCCACUUGCUUCGUCGCGCUGCUAGCAUCGCAUUGCCACGCCGGGAAGCUCCGAGCUGGAAUCCACUGCUUUCUCUCGAUGAGGAGUGACCACGGCCUGGAACCCUACGAGCAGCACUACUCGUGCCUGAUCGGCCUCUUCGCUCGAUCGGGGCACCUGGACGACGCGGGCGCGCUCCUGGCGAGCAUGCCAUUCGUGCCGGACGCGCUGGAUUGGAGAUGCUUCCUGGGAGCCUGCCGGUUCUUCGAUCGAGGCGCCGAGCAUGGAACCCUAGCCGCGGCCAAGAUCCUGGAGCUAGAACCCCAAGACUCGUCCCUCUAUUUCCUCGCUCUGGAUGUCUUCGUUUUGGCGCAAAGCCAAUGCCGUACAAAUCGGCCACCUGACCCAAAAAGUACGGAGAUUGAUCCAACGGCUGCCCGGAGGGUCCUAAAAGGACGCGGUGCUUGA